UAUGCCUUGUUAGUCCUUAUAGAAGUUCUUUAUCCCGCUCUUGUAGCCUGUUUGGGUUUCUUUUAUUAUAUUAGAAACUGGCUGCUGUUACAGCAUUACCUCCACCUUUUAAAAAAGAGUUAUUUGCAUUCCUAGGAGAUAGCAAAAGACUUCAUUACUUUCCACAUCUCAGGUUACGAAAGAUCCAGUACAAUGGCAAAUAUAAGCAAAAGAGAAUUCGAUGUUCUCUAUCUGUCCGGUCAAAAAUACUUGGAAUGGAAAGUGGAUGCCUUGGCACAUUUAAAGGCAAAUGGAUUGGAAGACACCAUUGAAACUAAUAAUCAAUCAUCUUCCCAAGACAAAGCGAAAGCUAUUAUUUUUCUCCGUCACCAUCUCCAUGAAAGUCUCAAAUCUGAAUAUCUUUUGGUUGAUGACCCAAAAGAAUUAUGGGACAAUUUACAGGAGAGAUAUGGUCACCAACAAAAGGUACUUUUACCAAAAGCUCAGUAUGACUGGAUCAAUCUAAGAUUCCAGGACUUUAAAUCUAUCAGUGACUAUAAUUCUGCUAUGUUCCAAAUAACAUCUAAAUUGAAGUUAUGCGGACAAAAAGUCACUGAUGCUGAUAUGUUGGAGAAAACCUUUUCUACAAUGCAUAUUUCUAAUAUGCUGCUACAACAGCAAUAUAGAGAAAAAGGUUUUAAAAAAUACUCCGACUUAAUAUCAGUAUUAUUGGUAGCUGAG